AUGUCUACUAACAAUCAUACUCCAUCAAUUUGCACACUUCCAGUGGAAUUAAUCUAUCGUAUAUUAGACACAUUAGAUAAUGAAACUAUUUUAUUUUCAUUUGGAUAUACUUGUAAACGAUUUCAAACUAUUAUACAUACAUAUAAUCAAUAUAAACUUAAUUUUAAAUCAAUAUCAAAACGAUAUUUUCAUUUAAUUUGUCAUUCAAUUCAUCCAGAAAAUAUUAUAUCAUUAACACUUUCAAAUAAUAAACAAACACCAGAUCAAAUCAAAUGUUUUCUUUCAAUAUUUUCAAUUCAACAAUUUAUUCGUUUACGUUCCCUAACGCUGAAUAAAAUUGAUGAAGAUGAUUUUUAUACUAUUUUUCAAUUUAAAAAUACAAUUUCAUCAUUAUCAUUUACUUUUCUUAAAAGUACUCUUCAAAAUUCUCAAACAAUAUCAUUACUAUCUUCAAUAAUUUCUAAUAAAAAUCUUCGUUAUCUUGAUUUUAAUUUAUCACCAAAAGAUUUAUUAUGGUCUAAUCAAUGUCUACUUCAAACUUUAAUCAUAUCUAAUACUCUAAAUUUUACACAAUUUUCUACAAUAAUUUCUAAUUUAUUACUAUUAAAAAAAUUUGUAUUACAAGAUUGUAUUAUUCAUAAAAACGAUAUUAUUGAUUGUUCAAUACAUUAUUUACAAUUAAUUUCAUUAAGUUUUAAUGAUAGUAAAUUAAAUAUGGAUAAUUGUGAAUUACUUUUAUGUUUAUUUCCUUUAUUAGAACAUUUUCAUAUAGUUGGAGGAGAUUAUUUCUUUGAUGGUUUUCGUUGGGAAAAAUUUAUUCAAAAAAAUUUAUUAAAAUUAAAAAAAUUUGAAUUUGCUUUUUGUGGUAAUACAAGUAUGCUAUGGAAAAAUUCGAAUGAUAUCGAAUCUUUAAUUACUCCUUUUCGAACACCAUUUUGGAUUGAACAUAAACAAUGGUUUGUCGUUUGCUGUUAUUUUAUAGAUACAAAUAAUUAUACUCUUUAUUCACUACCAAUAUGCAAAUCAAAUAAUAUAUUAUCACAGAACCCAUCUUUUCGUAAAUUAAAUGCCUUAUCGCUUUGCAUUGAAAAUGAAUGGCCAACUGGUUCAACAGAAUAUCUUUCAACAUUUAUUAAUUUAUCAUCUAUUAGUGAAUUAUCAAUUAGUAUUGAUCUUGAAAAUGAAUAUGCUUUAGAUAAACUUACAAAUAUUACAAAUUUAUUAAAUCAAUUAUAUAAUUUACAAUCAGUGAGAAUUGAUAAUUGUCUAACGAGUGCAGAAAUUAUUUGCUUAUUAGUACCAAAUCAUAUAAAAUAUUUACGUACAGUAGUUCGAGAUAUUGAUGAUAUGAAAUUUAUUAUUGAACAACUUACACAUUUAUCGAGUAUUACAUUUGAAAUAUUUGGUAAAAUGAAAUAUUUCUUAGAAGAUUUCUUAACAUGGCUUAUGGAAAAAAGAAUUAAUUCAACAUACAGAUAUGACGAUCAACUUCUUAGUAUAUGGUUAGGUAAAAUUAAUAAUUAA